UUUUAUUUUUUGUGAUUUGACAUUUUUUAUUUAAUUUAGACUAUUUUUCCAUGGUUACAAGUCAUGUUCUUUGCCUCCCCCUCCCCCACUCCUUCUGGUAGCUGGCACCCUUCCAGUGGGUUUGGCAUGUGUCAUUGAUCAAGACCCAUUUCCUUAUUACUGAUGUUUGCACCAGGGUGAUCGUUUAGAGUCCACGUCCCCAAUGCUAACCCCGUCGAGCCAUGUGGUUUCCGCUCCCCCAGUUCUUCCUCUGGCUGUGGAUACAUUCUUUCUGCCAGUCCUGGGUUGUCCUGGGUCGCGGCACUGCUGCUAGUAGCUUGAUCGUGCUACAGUGUAUCCGUCUCCUGGCUCGCCCCUCUCCCUCUGCAUCCCUCCAGCUCUUUAUUCCUCUGAGCACAAGAGAGUUCCGUCCCCGGCAGGUACCACAGCGUGCUCAGCCAUUCCCCAAUGGACGGGCAGCCCCUCGGUUUCCAGUUUUUGGCCACCACAAAGAGCGCAGCUGUGAAUGUUCUUGUUCAAGUCUUUUUCCUUAUGACCUCUUUGGGGCACAAACCCAGCAGGGCUGUGGCUGGAUCAAGGGGCAGACAGUCUUUUAGCGCCCUUUGGGCAGAGCUCCAAACUGCCAUCAGAUGAGCCAUUUCAGCCCGCAGAGAGGGGCAAAGUCUGGGCCUUUGGGGGGGAGGGACUCCCUUCAGGAGACCAGAGACCCCGCCCCCUCCGGAAACCUUCCCCGCCCCUGUAUUAGGGCCUCCUGGGCGCUGGGGCUGAACGUUCAGAGGCUUCUGCAGAGAGACCUUGGCCUGGUCACAGCCUUAAGCCAGGCCUCGGCUUAGGAAGCGCCAAUUUGAGGAAGGCUCCUCGGCCGGGGAGCGGAUGCGGGGCAACUGAAGAGAAGCCGCAGGACCCGCCCCUCCCUGUCCCGUCGGCGGGGUGGCUGCGAAUGAAAGGCUCCCGGGAGGGCUGAGGCCAGAGUCCGGGAGGAGGCCGCAAGGAGCGGGGCGGGGCUGAAGGAGCAGCCUCGGAAGCGCCGCCGCUUGCGUUCAGCGCCCGCUUCCGCCACAGUCACAGUGUGUGCCUCAGCUCUGCCCGUCACCCCAAACCCCGGCGAGGGCUCCCAGGGCCGGGCAGCGGAGCUGAAAUGACUUGCUCAGGGUCACCCGGCUGGGAAGUGUCGGAGGUCGGAUUAGAAGCCGGGACCUCUAGCCCCGCCCCCGAUCGCUCCAGUGUCUUGGGCCGUAGGUUCGCCCUCCGGGGAGGGCACGUGCCUGGGCUCGGCCCGGGAAAGUCCGGCCGGGAGUCCCGGGGGUGGGGUGGGGGCGGGGAGCAGCCAGGAAAAACCUCCUCCGGGAGGCCCGUCGGAAUGUGGGGCUGCCCAGGGUUCGGCCCCCAAAGGGGCGGGGCCGCGAGGGGGCCUCCCCGGGGAGGAGAAGAUACAAAGUAGCGAGUUCCAAGGAGGAAACCGACCAAGCGGAAGUCUGCCGAGCUACAAAGUCGCCCUCCGGGCUGCAAAGCCUCCGGAGGAGGCCGGGCAGGGAGGGCUGGCCCAAGGACCCUCGUAGUUUAGCUUAAAGCCGCCCCUUCGCAGACCCUAACCCUCGGCCCAGAGGCCCCGUUCCCGGCUCCGCUGGGCCUCGACUCCCCGGGCGGCGGCCUAAGGGGCCUCAGUUUCCCCUGCAGAAAAAAGAGAAAAGGGCGGGCCGGCCGGCGUAGCGCAGUCUAAGGGGCUCGGGGGUGGGGCCUCCACUGGGGGCGUGGCGAGGCGAGGCUCCUCCCCUCCCGCCCGGAGCUUGCAGCCCGAGCAGCCCGGCCGCCUGGACCCGGAGCAGAAGCAGCAGCAGCAACAGCGGCGGCGGCGGCAGCAGCAGCAGGAGCAGACCAUGGCGAGCCACACGACCGCGGCCCUGGGCGGCCUGGAGCAGCUGCGAAUGUGCGGGGCAGGAGCAGGCCGCGCCCUGGCCGUGCUCACGAGCGGCGGGGACGCCCAAGGCAUGAACGCGGCGGUCCGGGCCGUGACCCGCAUGGGCAUCUACGUGGGGGCCAAAGUCUUCCUCAUCUACGAGGGCUACGAGGGCCUGGUGGAAGGAGGCGACAACAUCAAGCAGGCCACGUGGCUGAGCGUCUCCAACAUCAUCCAGCUGGGAGGCACCAUCAUCGGCAGCGCCCGCUGCAAGGCGUUCACCACGCGGGAGGGCCGCCUGGCCGCCGCCUACAACCUGGUCCAGCACGGCAUCACCAACCUCUGCGUCAUCGGCGGCGACGGCAGCCUGACGGGCGCCAACAUCUUCCGCGCCGAGUGGGGCGGCCUCCUGCAGCAGCUGGUGGAGGAAGGGAAGAUCCCCGAGUCCGUGGCCCAGACCUACUCGCACCUCAACAUCGUGGGGCUGGUGGGCUCCAUCGACAACGACUUCUGUGGGACGGACAUGACCAUCGGCACCGACUCGGCCCUCCAUCGCAUCAUGGAGGUCAUCGAUGCCAUCACCACCACGGCCCAGAGCCACCAGAGGACAUUCGUGCUGGAGGUGAUGGGUCGGCACUGCGGGUAUCUGGCCUUGGUGUCUGCCUUGGCGUCCGGCGCCGACUGGCUCUUCAUCCCUGAAUCCCCCCCUGAGGAUGGCUGGGAGAACUUCAUGUGUGAGAGACUCGGGGAGACACGAAGCAGGGGCUCCAGGCUCAACAUCAUCAUCAUUGCAGAAGGUGCCAUCGACCGGCACGGGAAGCCCAUCACGUCCACUUACGUGAAGGAUCUGGUGGUCCAGCGCCUGGGCUUUGACACUCGAGUGACUGUCCUGGGCCAUGUGCAGCGGGGAGGGACGCCGUCUGCGUUUGACAGAGUCCUGAGCAGCAAGAUGGGCAUGGAGGCUGUGAUGGCCCUGUUGGAGGCCACGCCGGACACCCCCGCCUGCGUGGUGAGCCUUUCUGGGAACCAGAAUGUGCGCCUGCCACUGAUGGAGUGUGUCCAGGUGACGAAGGACGUGCAGAAAGCCAUGGAUGAAAAGCGGUUCGAUGAGGCCAUCCAGCUUCGGGGGAGGAGUUUUGAAACCAACUGGAACAUCUACAAGAUGCUAGCCCAUCAGAAAGUCUCCCAGGAGAAGAGUAACUUCUCCGUGGCCAUUCUGAACGUGGGGGCUCCAGCUGCAGGCAUGAACGCUGCUGUAAGGUCCGCAGUGCGGACCGGCAUAUCCCAGGGACACAAAGUCUACAUCAUUCACGAUGGCUUCGAGGGUCUGGCCAAGGGGCAGAUACAUGAGGUGAAUUGGCACGAUGUGGCUGGCUGGCUGGGGCGAGGAGGAUCCAUGCUGGGGACCAAGAGGACUCUGCCCAAAACUUGCCUGGAGAAAAUUGUGGAAAACGUGCGAGCUUACAACAUCCAGGCCCUGCUGGUCAUCGGAGGCUUUGAGGCCUACGAAGGUGUGCUGCAGCUGGUGGAGGCCCGCAGCCAGUACGAGGAGCUCUGCUUCGUCAUGUGCGUCAUUCCCGCCACCAUCAGCAACAACGUCCCCGGCACCGACUUCAGCCUGGGCUCGGACACAGCUGUCAACGCCGCCAUGGAGAGCUGUGACCGCAUCAAGCAGUCGGCUUCCGGCACCAAGAGGCGGGUGUUCAUCGUGGAGACGAUGGGAGGCUACUGUGGCUACCUGUCCACGGUGACGGGCAUCGCGGUGGGCGCGGACGCUGCCUACGUGUUUGAAGACCCCUUCACCAUCCACGACCUGAAGGCCAACGUGGAACAUCUGACGGAUAAGAUGAAGACCGACAUCCAGCGGGGGCUGGUGCUCCGGAACGAGAAGAGCCACGAGCACUACACCACGGAGUUCCUGUACAACCUGUACUCCUCCGAAGGGAGAGGAAUAUUCGACUGCCGGACGAACGUCCUGGGACACCUGCAGCAGGGAGGAGCCCCGACCCCCUUCGACCGGAACUAUGGCACCAAACUCGGGGUGAAGGCCAUGCUCUGGAUGUCCGAUAAGCUGCGGCAGUCCUACCGAAAGGGGCGCGUUUUUGCCAACUCUGCAGACUCCGCCUGUGUCAUUGGGCUGAGGAAGAAGACGGUGGCCUUCAGCCCCGUCACCGAACUCCAGAAGGUCACGGAUUUUGAGCACCGCAUGCCCCAGGAGCAGUGGUGGCUGGACCUGCGGCUCAUGCUCAAGAUGUUGGCCAACUACCAGAUCAGCCUGACCGAGUAUGUGCCAGGGAAGAUGGAGCACGUGACCCGGCGCACCCUGAGCAUCGAGAAGGGCUUCUGAGCCUCGCUGGCCCUCCCCUUCCCCCCUCCCCACUGCACCGGCUGCCGCCCUGCCCGGAGACAGUCUGGUAUUGGCAGAGAGGAGCUGGGGGCUCUGCUCUUGGGGGCGGAUGCAGGCUGCUGACAUCACAGCUGGGAGGGGCCUUGGUGGCUCCUUUUGUAGUCAGGGAAACCAAGGCCUUAUGUAGGGGAGAGUCCCAAAGGACCUUGGAGACCCUGUCAGCCCAGCACCUUGACAGAUGGGGAAACUGAGGCCCAACUCAGAAUCAUCCCAUGUCAUUGUUCCCCACCCCCACUAGCUAGUCUGGAGGAGGAGGAGGUGACCCUCUUGUGGUCACACAGCCAAGGCAAGGUCAAGCUCUCCCUGGGCCCAGGCAUGGCGCUCUGCCCUUCAGCAGCAAGCUGGCGCCCAGGCCCGGGCCCUGGAACUGUGCAUGUUCUACUGGGAUCACGCCGUGUCUGUCUUGUGUCUGUGAGAUUAAAAGCCCACUGAGCGAGCCAA